AUGAGUAUGAUGCUCAUUAUCUUCGGGCCUCUGGUUAUGAUGGUAUUUCAAUACAAACGCAACCCUGGUUCUCUCAAUGGUGGAAGGGCGCGAGGAUCAGUGUUCAUCACCGGCACAAGCUCUCAUCACGAGACCGGCUCGUUCUACAGCGGCUACAACGGCAGUGGCCGUACUGGCGGCAGCUUGCGAAGGUCGCAACCUUUUGCAGGCAUGAGAAACAGCAAGAGACACUCCUUCGCGGGCCAAGAUGACAAGACACUGAAAGAAAUGGUGGCUAUUGUUGCUUCGAAAGAGCUUGGAAUCAGCGGCAGUGGCAACGGCAGCGGUAAUGCCAGCGCAUCUUCUUUGGGCGACAGCUUUAAUGCCAGCAAGCCGUUCGAGGUGCCGGUACAUCCCGUGGAGAGAUUUCAAGACGAAGAAUCGAGUAACGCAAAUUUGGAGGCAGAUUAUAGUCGGAAACGAGUUUCUGAUAUUAUCGAGGAAUCGGAAUCAGUCUGUUCAGCGUCCAUAGCGAGCUCGAUACAAGUAUUGGCUUCAAGGCCGUUGUUGGAAGAUCUGGCUGAUUCGAUCGCUUCCAUCAAGUGUCCAGAACAAGAUGUGACGCCACAAAUGUUGCUUCUCGACCUGGUCCCCAGGUCUACAGCACAGAAGAUGCUGGACGAGUCAGAAUCGACAGUGCCUUUCUGUGGCGGUGACUUCCUGUCGGAUAAUUUGCUUGGAGAUGACUCUGACUCGUCCGUUCCAUUCCAAGGAAGCAACCAUGAUCUGGAUGACGGUAGCGCGGUAUCGGGAGAGCCAAUGGAUGGCUCAAGCAGGCGGAGCAGGGGAAAGGGGCGUGUCUCAGAUUCUGAAGUUCCACCACUGACCAAAGAGGAAAUCCCGUCGAAUGAAACAAGUGCAACGGAUCUGUCUAGGAGCGCAUCCAGCUACAGUCAACAUCUUCUCCAAAGUAGCUGCAGCGAACACGCCCAAUCACAAAGAGGCCACGUGACAGUUGCAGUGUCAUAUCACAACAGCGACUCCUCCUCUAAGCAAGAAGAUGUAUUUGAAAGGGAUGCGGGAAAGCCUGUGGCGACCAAGCCUGUAAUUGCAACCAUUGAGAAUCGCACAUCCAGGAAAGAAAAGGAGAUUCCAUUCUCAAGUCGUUUUGUCGACUACAAGAAUCGGCUGAGUUCCUUGAGAUCUGAAUAUGGAACUCUAUCUACCAUUGAUAGCCCUACAAGGGAAAGCAGGCCUGCAGACAGCAUCACGAAAAUGAAUGACAGUUUGGUGCAAGUACAAGAUGAGAGCAAUGGGAGUGGCGUUGACCGACGGGGUAGCUUUCAGAUGAUGAAUGACUACAUUGUCCAAAGCUUGAGAGACGUCAGUGACCACGAGUCGUCGUCGCGGGAUAGGUUGGACCACAGCGGCACACGUCGGCAAAAUGAUCGCAAAAGUUCAUCUCGCAGAAUGAACGACCGCGUCAGCACGGGGAAAAUGAUGAAAGAUCGCAGCUUCCUUACCGGUGCCCCGUCACGGAAGAUGAGCGAGCAAAGUGACCCAGGAAUCAAAGAUCGCAGUUUGCUUACUGGCUCGUCUGGGGAGAUGAGCUACCGGAGUGAUCCAGGAAUGAGAGACGGCAGCGGUGGUUUCAUUUCACGACUGACGAGUGACCGCAGCGGUGGCCGCAGUAGUGGAUCGAAAGCUAAGGGUGUUCAUACUCAUGGCACGCAAGAUGCCAGCAGCGGCGGAAUCAAGGAAUCUAGGCCCGGAAGCGACGCCAACGACCAAACCCGCUACCCCAGCGGAGAAGGGAAUUCCAGGUCAGAAGAUGAUCUCUACCCUUGGGAAAAACACGGAGAAGUGUCAACUGCUAGGGACUUGCUGGGAUACGAUGUUCCGAAUGUAUGGCAAGGUAUAGCUGGGAGUCCAGCACCUUCUGACAAGAAGAAUGGAGUGAUCAAGGGCACCAUAUCAGCACUUCACCAGAGUAUGUCAGCUUUCCAAUUCUCGCCAGAUAUUCCAGGAAACAAGAAGUCACUAUCUACCAAGCUGAAGAACCCGUUUGCAGGGCUCAACUUGAGUGUACCCGCAUUGCACUAUACCCAUGGAUCACGAGAAGACGAUGACGAUGACAACGAUGAGGAGAGUCAUGCUGUCAGCAGUCUAGAUCUGGAUGAGAAUCACUAUGAGACACUACGGAAUGUAGCAGGUACCAUUGAAGCUGCAAGGCAGGGUGCUCUCAAUGGUGGUGAGUUGGCGGUGCAACAGCGUCGAGUGCGGCCCUGGGUAAAGCACAAUAGUGCUUGAAAUUAAAAUAGUGUCCUUCCUAUUCGCAAAAAGCUGCUAGCAUGAUUGGCUACAAGGUCCUCAAAAUGGCUCCAGGGCAAGACUUGUCUCUUUGAAUCACAAUGCUAUGGAUGGGUUUAAAAGUAAGGAUGGUGUUGAUGGUCAACUGUCUUGGAAAACGGAUGGCUAAGGUCUAAAUUACUGCUGGAGAGAUGCCUUGAGUUGAUUCUUCUUGUAUUGCAGCACAAUGAUAGCCACCACAGAACAACCAAACAGUACUUGCAGCAACCGGAUUUGCGACAUCAGAUUGGCUGCAUCAUGAUCCUGCUGGUUUGAAGAAGAGUCCAACUUGCUCCGAUUUGAAUUGCGACGUUCACGGUUUGGCAA